AUGGUUCCCUCUCUCCAACUCUCUUUCCCUCUCACACGCACUAUCACCCGCCACACCCGUCUGUCUCAUCCCUCUUUCGCGCCCUCUUCUGCAGGAACUGUGCAGGCCCCGACGCCAUGCCCGGCCGAUGACAUGUGCGGCUCUAGCCUCGAGGCCAACACCAAAACCGUCGUCCAAGCGAGUCAACUUCAUCACAUAUCCUGGCGGAGAUCGCACUCAUCUGUUCAGCCCUCGUCCCUACUUGCCACGAGGCCGCCGCUGUCGCCACCCUACGCCUUCUACCCUACGGCGCUGCAUUCUCUGCCUGCUAGUUCAACCAAUGCGCGCGCUUGGUUCGCAGCGGCACGGUCGCCCCCCACCCGCACGUGCUUGUCACAACCCAUUGCUGUCUCUGUCGGCUCACCCACGCCCCCUUCGCCGCCACACUGGCCGGCGGGUCGAGACGGACCAACGUCCUCUUUUCAUGAAUAG